AUGGAGGUACUGCACUCAUGGAGAGUGUUCUCCUUCAAGAACACAACCAUUGUGGUUUGCUUCUUGAACGCCGUUGCUGCUCUUCUCUUGCUUCAGAACUUCUUCUCUUUGGCCUCUUCCCGCUACAGAAUCUCUACAUCUCAAUUCACUUCUGAGCAAAUCCAGUAUAUCAAAGAAUCUGAAGGGAUCCGCCUUGCUAUGCAACCAUUGGAAUUGAUUAAAAGAGUGAUGGAAAUUGAGCAAGAAGCAUAUGCAAAGCCAGAGACGGUCCAGCAAAAAGAUCCAAAGCAAACUGUUGCAAUUGAUCUUUCUAAAAGGUUAAAGGAUUUUCGUUCCCUAAAUGAUGCUGGCAGCUUGAAAGAUUUGGAGGAAUGGCGUAAACGGAAGAUGGAACGUGCAAGACAGCAGGAACUAGGAAAAAAUGGAUAUGUCACCUCUCAAGCCUGAUGC